UGUUUCUUUUCUUUCUUUCCGGUUUAGGACUUUGUGAGGUGUGCUUGUUCUCGAUAUCGAGCUAAGGCCAAUUAUUAUUUAAAAACAACAAUUUAAUUUUUGGCAACUUGCACCAAAUUAUUAAAUAAAAACAAACCUAAAUAUGUCUAACAAAGCUGAACUCGCUUGCGUCUACGCCGCCCUCGUCUUGGUUGAUGAUGAUAUUACCGUCACUGGUGAAAAAAUCUCAACUGUCUUGAAGGCCGCCAAUGUUGAAGUUGAACCUUACUGGCCUGGUUUGUUCGCCAAGGCUUUGGAAGGUGUCAAUGUCAAGGACUUGAUCACCAACAUUGGCUCUGGUGUAGGUGCUGCUCCCGCUGGCGGUGCUGCCGCUCCAGCUGGCGCUGCUGCUCCUGCUGCUGAAGCCAAGAAGGAAGAAAAGAAGGAGGAAGAACCUGAGGAAUCCGAUGACGAUAUGGGCUUCGCUCUUUUCGAUUAAGUGGACGAUUAUUUGUUUGUUUUUAACAAUGCCAGAAAACAGAAUGCUGCUUUUUUAUACCAUUUACCACAAGUGUAUAUGACAGAAAAGAGUAAAACAGUAGAAGACGGUGUUUUAAUGUUUUGUACACGUUUUAAUGUACAAAUUUAUUUAAACCAAUAAAAAAGUAUCAUUUAUGUUUUUGAAAAA